AUGGCAGCUCAACUAGGCCACUUCAAGCUCCCCAAAGUCAGCAAUGAGCCCAUGCUCAAUUUCGCACCUGGAAGUGCAGAACGAAAGGCUCUCCAGCAAGCUCUGGCUGACAUACGAUCGUCAUUGGAGGAACACGGGCCAUUCCAAGUGCCUUGUGUCGUUAAUGGCUUACAUAUCAAGACAGAUUCAACUCAACAGCAACUCGUGCCUUUCGAGCACAAGACGCCGCUAUGUACAUACCAUGAAGCGGAUGCUGCUACAAUCGAUCAGGCAAUCAAAACAGCACUCGCAGCAAAACCAAAAUGGGAGGCUAUGCCAUUCAACGAUCGAGCAGCCAUCUUCCUGAAAGCCGCAGACUUGCUCUCUACAAAAUACAGGUUCAAGGUACUAGCUGCCACCAUGUUUGGACAAGGAAAAAAUGCGUGGCAGGCUGAAAUCGAUGGGGCUGCUGAACUCAUUGAUUUCUGGAGGUUCAAUUGUAUUUAUGCUGCUGAUAUUUACGCACAACAACCAAGCGAGAACUCUGCAAGAACAUGGAAUCGAGUCGAGUAUCGAGGUUUGGAAGGUUUCAUUCUGGCUUUCUCGCCAUUCAACUUUACUGCUAUUGGUGGGAACUUGGCUAGUGCUCCUGCUAUCAUGGGAAACGUGGUGUUGUGGAAACCAUCUCCUAUGGCCGUCUACUCAAACUAUCUCGUCUUUGAAAUAUUGAGAGAAGCUGGUUUACCUGAUGGUGUCAUUCAAUUCUUACCUGGUGAUGCAGCUGCUAUAGCCGAUCAAACAAUCCAACAUCCAUCCUUUGCUGGUCUACACUUCACCGGCUCAACAAUAAUCUUCAAAUACCUGUGGCAAAAGAUAUCAAACCACUUGAACGUCUACAAAUCAUAUCCACGAAUAGUCGGUGAAACUGGUGGUAAAAACAUGCACUUUGUGCAUAAGAGUGCUGAUGUUUCUUCUGCAGCUUUGAAUUCGGUUCGAUCGGCGUUUGAAUAUGCAGGACAGAAAUGUUCCGCUUGUUCAAGGGCAUACGUACCAGACUCCAUCUGGACGGAAUUCUCUGACAUCCUUGUCUCUGAAACCAAAAAAUUCAGACAAGGACCACCAGAAGAUUUCACAAACCUGGUUGGACCAGUCAUCAACAAGGCAUCAUUUGACAAGAUUAAAAAGUACCUUGAUGGCGUCGCUUCUGAUUCUGAAAGCAAGAUAUUGGUUGGAGGCAUAUGCGAUGACAGCAAAGGCUACUUUAUCCAACCAACAGUCAUCGUCACAACCAAUCCUCAUUCUGCUACCAUGGUCGAAGAACUAUUUGGACCCGUGUUGACUGUAUAUGUGUAUCCUGCUGACAAGUAUGAAGAGACUUUGGAAUUGGCAGACUCGUCAUCUUCAUACGCACUGACGGCGGCUCUAUUCGCCAAAGAUCGAGAGGCAGUGAUUGUUGGUGCUGAGAAAUUACGACAUGCUGCUGGAAACUUUUAUAUCAAUGACAAGUCGACAGGGGCUGUUGUUGGUCAGCAGCCAUUUGGAGGUGGUCGGCAAUCCGGAACGAAUGAUAAAGCUGGUUCUUCAUUGAAUUUAUUACGAUGGGUAUCUGCUCGUGCCAUCAAGGAAACAUUUACACCACUUACUGCUGUUGGAUACCCCUCAAAUGACGCCUAG